ACUCGGAUUUUCUUUAAUUGAACAAUUUGACAAAAUAUAAGUAUUGAGUGACUGUGUUGUUUGUAGUGUUGUAAUGUAGUUCUGUAAUAUUCUGUCACCUGUAUCUAAUAACUAUUAAACCCCUCAAGCUCUGAGAACUGCUGACAGGUGAGAGGUAAGACCACAACCAAAAUACUUUAUAAAGGAAUAGCAAAUGUGUCUGAGUAGUAUAUUAUCUAUAGAUGAACAUGUACAUUCUAAAUUCUGCUAGCGUGAGGCAAACCAGGGAUAAAGAAAUACAUAAUAAAGUAGAUACUCUUGUUGCUAUAGCAACCUUAGUUCAACACAACGACACUUAGUGAUUUUAUGCUCUUGGGGAGGUUAAAAGAGGCAUAGUUCAGCCAUAAUCAAAGUGGGAGUUGUACCUCUUUAAUGGAAGCUUGAAGGAAUCAUUUUUGCUAUAAUAAUGCACUUUUUCAGUACAAUUUUCAAUAUCUCCAAUUUGUAUUUAAUAAAAUUAUUUGUUAAACGUGAAGAGGGUCAUUCGUUAAAAAUAUAAUUCCAUUUGAAUGGCCUGACCUGUUUUAACGUGUACUGCUGGAGAAACCUCUAGAGGGAGCCUCUGAACCUUCGAGCCUCAAAGUCUAAUUCUGGUUAAACACUACUCUCAUUGUUAUAAGAAGCUCUGGAGAGAAUAUAACGUUUAUUUCAUAUCUGAAACAUACACUCCGUUAUAGCUCCGUGAUCUGAUAUCUGCAUUCAGGUACCGGAUCCGUCCAAAUAGGUUCCGGUACAAAACGGAGACUCGGGAGUAGCCUACUGUCGGGUAUCCUCUUCCGACAGGAUUCGGGUCAAAUUAAGCAUUGAAGAACUGGCACAAAAGUGCAUCAUGGGACCUUUGAUCCAGCAAGUCUGUUUGGUAACAUGCCUUAUUUUUUUCCCCUGUUCAUCUGCUCCAGUUACAGAUGGAACAGAGACUGAGAGGCAAUCAACUAUCGAGUCAACCAGUACACUGUAUGGUUUGAAUUGCACUGUGUGGUUUGCUGGAUGUGUUACAUUUGGGAUCAUUAUUAUCCUGGGAGUGGUUUUCUUGGUAUGGUAUAAGUGCUGUAGAGAUACACAGAACCCUCCACAGCCAGACACUGCUAGCCAACCAGAUGAGCAAGCUGAUCAAUUAUUGCAGACCGUCAAUCAGCCAACCGAUAUAGAUGUGAAGCACUUAAAUGAAGUGGAUGUAACUCUGGAUGUGGACACAGCUCAUCCUAACCUACUGAUAGAUGGGAAAACAGUAAGCUGGAUAAAGGAAACACCACAGAGACUGUGUAGUGAGAAGAUGUUUGAUGAGGAUCCCUAUGUGCUGGGCAUUAUGGGCCGUGCUUGGAGGGCCUACUGGAAGGUGAAUGUGGAGAAGAAGGAGGACUGGGUACUUGGUGUUACCAAGGCAACAUCUAACAGGAAGGGACAAUUGGUUCUUAGCCCUGCCAAUGGCUUCUGGGUAAUCAGGCUGUCCAAUGGGGGAACACUGAAAGCCAUGGAUGAUAAGGAGCAUGUUCUUGACAAAGAUAUUCCAGAUAAAAUUGGGAUUUAUCUAGAUUAUAAGGAAAAGAAGGUGACUUUCUACAAUGUAGAAGACAGCUCACUCAUCUACUCAUUUACCAACGGACCAAGUUAUCAGGAUGAUGUCCGCCCACUUUUCUCACCCUGGAACAAUGAUGCAGAUCCAAUCACAAUUUUGUCCAUUGUUUAGAAUAAACAUAAUACACCAUAAACGGUCAGAUGCCUGAUUAAAGCAUUACAUUGAUGUUUUAACUAUUAUUUCAUCACUUGAUCAAAGCAGUUUGAUCUCUAUCAUUGGAUCUCUUGAUCCCUAAGAAUAUACUGUACUGUAAAUGUUUGCCACUUUUCAUGUUGAGUUGUUAUACACAAACAUUCCACAUGAUGUGGAUGAUGUGGAAACUAAGCUACAGUAUGGAGAGGUUUUCUUUUGUUGAACGACUUCAAUUUUAUAUUUACAAUGAAAGGGAACCAAUAUGGGGUCGCCCGUGGCACCCACUUUGAUGCCAUUGGCAAUCCCAUCGUGGUCCCCUUUGAAUGUUUAACGAAAAAUGUGAGUUUUGUCCACCCUGCCUCAAAACAGUCUAGAUUAAUACAAAUAUGGGAAACAUUUGUAUCUUGUCUAUAUCUGUCAAUGUGUAUUGUGAUGCAGUCCCUGUGACUUUUGAGAAAUUGGAAUAUCAUUCACUUCAGCUGUAAUUCAUAACAUCUCCAAAUGAGUGGUCACUAAAUGCAGUCAUCAAGUAAAACAGGUGGAGUCAAUCAAGUUGUAGAAACAUCUCAAGGAUGAUCAAUGGAAAAAAGAUGCACCUGAGCUCAAUUUCGAGUCUCAUACAAAAGGGUCUGAAUUACUUGUGUAAAUAAGGUGUUUCUGUUUUUGAGUUUUUCUACAUUGCAAAUAUGUCUAAAAACUUGUUUCCGUUUAAUCAAUAAUGGAUAUUGUGUGUAGAUUGCUGGGGAUUUAUACUUUUAUAAGUCUGUUUUAGAAUAAGGCUGUAACGUAUCAAAAUGAGGAAAAAGUCAAGGGGUCUGAAUACUUUCUGAAGACACUGUAUUACAUUUUUUACCCAUCUUUGCCAUGACCUGUGUACUAUGUCAAAAUGAUGUAUGUAGGCUAUUCAAAUGUAUGAUGUACACAGUCAGGUCCAAAAUUAUUGUCACCCUUGAUUAAGAUGAGAAAGAAAGACUGUAUCAAAUAAAUCAUACAAAUAAUGA